AUGAUUUCAAUUAUUAUUGCUGGCUGUGGCACUCUUCUGUUUCUUCUCUCAGUCAAAAUCAUGUGCUCAUUAUCACAUGGGGAAAGUAGUGAUCAUGAACAAAAUAAAUAUUUAAAGAAAGGGCCAUGGACUUCGGAAGAAGAUGCAAUCUUAGCAGAAUAUGUGACAAAAAAUGGAAUAGGGAAUUGGAAUGUUGUGAGACAGCGUACUGGAUUAGCUCGUUGUGGAAAAAGCUGUCGUUUAAGGUGGACAAACCAUCUAAGACCAGAUUUGAAGAAAGGUGUAUUUAGUCCCGAAGAACAAAACAAAAUCAUUGAACUUCAUGCUUUAAUGGGAAAUAAAUGGGCCAAGAUGGCACAAGAGUUGCCAGGUAGAACAGACAACGAAAUAAAGAACUUCUGGAACACAAGACUAAAGAAAAGGAAACGAGCUGGCUUACCCCUCUACCCUGACGACAUAAAGCCAGUGUUGAAUAGUAACAACCCACAAAGCAGUGCUCUAAAUGUUUCUAUUCAGCGUGCUAAUGAUUCAGAAGCAGGCACAUCAUCAAGUGUACCAGAAUUGGUGUUCAACAAUUAUAAUCCCAACAGUGAAAACCAUCCAUUGUAUGUGCAACCAGUUUCUGACAUACCCCAAAACAGCACCUUUGAACAACAAGAUUUGGACAACCAAGUCAUGCCUCUCCCAGAGCAGCAGCAUGACCCAGAUAACCUUCACACUAGUUUGGAAAGUACUUGUGGUGAUUACAAAUCUGGGGGCUUUGCAUGUUCAAGUGGUCCUUCCUCAAUAUCAGAACUGCCUCCAUUCCCACCAUUUGAUGAUAAUGAUAUUCUGAGACAGCAUCCUCCAACUGAAACGCUACACUCUGAACCAUUAGUUUCCAGAUCUCCACGGAGCAAUGGGUAUUUGGAAGUCAUACCAAAGAUUUUGGAAAGAUCAGAUCAUAGUUCCAUGCAAGGGGAGUUAAAUUCAGAAAACCAAGAAAACUUAGAGCAGGAAGAUCUUGCAAAUCAAGAUGUUUUCUAUGACUUUAGUUGGUUAGAGGAUUAUGACAAGGAUGAAUCUGCUAUUAAGGAUACUUUAUACAGCAUUCACCCAACCAUUUGUUUCAACCUUUCCCACUCUCUCAACGUCACCGUCUCAACUGUGGACUUCCUCUAUCCUUCCACACCCUUGGUCCAACCCUCUUCAGAUUUUGCUGAGUCUUGGUCAUCCACAAAUUACACACUCCACACUCGAACAAAUGGAAUUGAGAUAAAUGUUACUAAAGAAGUAAAAUGUAACAUUGUUAUCAGCCCUACCAGUAUCACUGCUGUUAUCCCUACCACCAUAACUGAUGAUAAUGGUGAUAAUAGAGACAAUGCUAAUAAUGGUUAUAAUGAUAAUAACAAUAGUGAUGAUACAGAUAACACUAGAGGUGACAAUAAUAGUGGUGAUGACGUUAAUGAUAGUAAUAACAACAAUGACAAUGAUAAUGAUAUACAAUACAACAACAAUAGCGAUGAUAAUCAUGGUAGCGACAACAACGAUUCUGGAGACGAUGAUGUUUAA